GUCGGCGGCGGCGCGGCGCGAGCUGUUUGGGCGGGGCGGGUCGGCGGCGGCGCAGGCGGCGACGGCGUCGCGCGUCAUCAACUUCAACCUGGACCACGAGUACCGCAACAACGAGGAGAUGCGGGCGUCGGGCGAGCUGCAGGCGCCCGCGCGCGCCGUCAAGGGCAUCGCGCCCGGCAAGCACAACCUGCGCCAGCUCGUCAACGCCGUCCAGAGCCAGAAGGACGCGCUCGAGGAGAGCUUUGCCAAGAACAAGUCCACCCAGCAGGAGGCAUCGUCGAGGUACGGGUGGAGGUGAUUUGGGGUCGUAGGGGGGGGGACGCAUCAAGCAUCAGGGGCUCGCGGAUAGUGAAGUCUGAGCUGGAAACAAGACGGCAGGUUGUCAAGGCCAUGGAGACAUGUCUUGUAUGAUAUCACGACGCAUCACAUUUCUGCUAGAUGUACAUAUAAAGAAAAAACUGCAUUGGUGAGGGUAUUCCUAUCUAUGCAGCGGAAUGCUGGAGCCCUCUGGCGUCGAGCAGACAUACAUCCAAACGCCGAAAAUGAGCUAAACAACAGAAAUACAAAAACAAAACAACGACAGACGCCGACUCCUCGCUAUGAUAUGAUGCCCAAACAAAA